AUGGGUUUGGGUUGCUUCGGGUGCUUCGCGCCGGAGGUGGAUGAGGACCUCAAGCCCUCCAAGCACGACGACUCGUCAGGGGCCGAUGCGAGGAGGAAGGUCGCGCCGGAUGUGGCCAACGGCUACGCCCACAGCUUCACCUUCAAGGAUCUGCUUGUGGCCACCGGCUACUUCAACGAGGCCAAUUUCAUCGGAGAAGGUGGAUUUGGGAAGGUGUACAAGGGCAAGAUCAACGGACAGAUGGUGGCAGUGAAGCAGCUCGCUCGAGAUGGCGUGCAGGGGAGGAACGAGUUCUUGGUCGAGGUGCUCAUGCUGACAGUGCUCAACCACCGCAAUCUUGUCAGCUUGGUCGGGUUCUGCGCGCAGGGGGACGAGAGACUGCUGGUGUACGAGUACAUGCCGUUCGGAAGCCUGGAGAGCCAUCUGUUUGAUGUGCCUCUUGGCAAGAAACCACUUGACUGGAACACACGUGUGAGGAUAGCUGUUGGAGUCGCAGAAGGGCUUUCUUACUUGCACAAUGUGGCUGAUCCACCUGUCAUUUACCGUGAUAUGAAAGCUGCUAAUAUUCUGCUUGGUGAAGACUUCAGCCCGAAGCUCUCUGACUUUGGGCUUGCAAAAGUUGGACCUGUCGGAGACAGAACUCAUGUGUCCACAAGAGUUAUGGGCACCUAUGGCUACUGUGCUCCUGACUAUGUUGUGAGUGGUAAACUUACCAUGAAAUCCGACAUAUACAGUUUCGGUGUUCUUCUGUUGGAACUGAUCACAGGAAGGAGGAUUUAUGAUGCCUCAAGGCCUAAACCAGAGCAGUCUCUGUUAACAUGGUCGAGACCAUUCCUGCAUGAUAAGAGGAAGUUCUACCGGCUCGCUGAUCCAUCUCUGCUGGGCUGCUACCCGUCAUCAGCACUGAACCAGCUAGUCGUGAUCAGCAUCAUGUGCCUCCAAGACCAGCCGCAUGUCCGCCCAAUCAUCUCCGAUGUCGUGAUAGGCCUGAACCAUGUCGCAAGCCAGCCAUACACCCCUGAGCGCCCGCCGCCUGCAUCCGUGAGCUCCCCUGCGAGCAGCGGGUCGCCGCAACCCGUCAGCACGCCAUCCAGAAGGAGAGGUGGUAGGAGGACUGGGCAGUACGCUUAG